GGCGCUGACUUAAUAAAAGAAGGGCAGCCAAGCGACUUUACACAUUUGUCUCAGGACUCGGAGACAUUGGCAGCAAAAACAACAAGCUUGAAACAUUUUGGUUAUUUUGCAGCAGCAAUGGAGCGCCAUUUGCCGUGGGCCAUUUGGAAGCUCUGGAGACGUUUUAAACGUUGGAGACGCCGACGGAGACAGCGGUGGCAGCCGGUGGCGGAAGUUGCUGUGCUUGGUCGUCCACCUAGACCUCCACCUAGACGUCGGCGGCCUCGCUUUGACCCACCUACUUCCCACGUUGAGGAAGUUGUCCCCCCCACCUCUGACAUUCAGGUACCUCACUUGGACUCACCCCCUUCUUACUGUGAGGUUCCACCAAGCUGGGGGGAAACACCACUUCCUCUUUACUGUGAGCUUUUUCCUUCUUCUUCUCCUCCACACUCUCCCCUUCCUUCUGGCUCUUUUGCUCCUUCUCUUUCUCCUCCAGGCUCUCCUGUUCCUUCUGGCUCUUUUGCUCCUUCUCUUUCUCCUCCAGGCUCUCCUGUUCCUUCUGGCUCUUUUGCACUUUCUCUUUCUCCUCCAGGCUCUCCCCUUCCUUCUGGCUCUUUUGCUCCUUCUCUUUCUCCUCCAGGCUCUCCCCUUCCUUCUGGCUCUUUUGCUCCUUCUCUUUCUCCUCCAGGCUCUCCCCUUCCUCCUUCUUCUUCUUCUUUUCCUUCCACACCCCCUCCUCCUUAUUCUCUUGUUCCUUCUUGCACUCCUGCUCCUUCGCUUUCUCCUCCAGGCUCUCCUGUUUCUUCUUCUUUUCCACCUUCACCUCCUCCUCCUUCCCCUCUGGUUCCACCUAUUGUGGCUCUUUCUGAGCUGCCCUGUGUUCCGGAUGCUGGCCUGUCCCUGUCUCCUGUUAUUCAGGACUCAGGCUCUGUAGUGCACGGGACCAGCGAGGACGGGACCAGCGAGGACGGGACCAGCGAGGACGGGACCAGCGAGGACGGGACCAGCGAGGACGUACCGGAUGGGGGGGACGAGGAGGCUCCAAGCAGCAGCACGUCACUAAGGAGAGGUAGGGAGGACAGUGAUGAGGAGGGGGCUGCUCCUAAAAGACCAUGUUGUACUGUGAGACACUGUGUCACACAGUAAACUUGGUCUUUCCCAUUGUUGAAUGGCAGCAGCCACCUCUUCAUUCACGGAUAACUGGCCUCUGUUUCUGACAGGACCAGUUUAUCCUACUGUCUUCUUUUUUCUUUCUUUCUUGAUUUCUUUCUUUUAUAAUUUUAAAUAUUCAUCCAAACCCUGAGAACUAGCCCUUGCGUCUGGCUGGGCAGUUCUUGUCCCUGGUAGCGUCUGGCGCCGGGACUUUUCUUUCUUUCUUUUCUGGAUGAAUACAAGUUUGAAUGGUAAUAUUUUCCCUGAGAACUAGCCUUUGCGUCUGGCUGGGCAGUUCUUGUCCCAGGUUGCGUCUGGCACUGGGGCCCUGCGUUUACAGUUUAGCAUGGCGGUUGGAUGGACUUUUCUUUCACCCUGGAGGCUGAGUUCAGCGCCUGGCAGGGCCGUCGACCCCGCCAUGCAAGUUGCCCUAGCGUCUGGCAGGGUAACUAUCUUGUUUAUUACUGUGUUUUCCUCCACAGCGAUAGGUCAGUUCAGUCACAGUGGCACCAGGGACACAUGUCAUCUCCCACGGAAGCUCCUCAGUGGCAGAGCAGGAUGGACUGCAGUGCCACGUGUUAUGGAGCGGACACAUGGCUGUGUGCUGUUCUAGUCAUGCUCCACACCACAGGGAGCAGUGCCACUGAUACUGAUGUACUGACCAGUGUGUCUGUCAGUCCAGUGGACAAAGUUUUCUAAGGAGAAGGGGAUGAGGGCACCAGGAGAUGAGGAGAAGGAGAUUAAGUUAAAACAAAAAGCGCACGCUGCAGAAGGUGACACCAUGGAAACGAGACAAGGAUCUGGACCAAGCUGGCCUAAGCUGUCAGAACGAUCGCAGGAACCACAGGUGCACAAUAACAUUCAGUGCAGCUGUGGAGGCUGGAGAACUGUGGCAACUGAGACGACGAUAGGACCGCAUAGGGCGAUAGGAGACGUUAUCGCCCGUGUCUGUGGAGGCUCAAUGCUCUUCCUGCAGCUCUUUGCUCCCUCCAGCCUCCGGUCCAGACAGAGGGGAGCCUCCCAGUCCUAAGCACGUAGAGGAAGUGCCUUUGUCACUGCUUUCUCUGUGCUGCUGGGUUUGGGAGACUCUUCACAUAAUCAGCGGUGUUGGCCUCCAUCUCUAAAAAGAAGACGGUCAAGACGAGUCAUUGUCAUCAAUAAUUUGAAAGAAAUUGUAAUAAAUACGUUCCAUGUAAAACAUCA